CAACCUUCAACAAACAACGUCACAUCCCACGAUAUCAUUCAUCUUCUCAUCCAUCUCAUACCUCAUUACAUCCGCGCUACAGCACGCUUAAUGUCAUAAUAAUAUAUUCGGCCCCGAACGAAGCCGGGCAGCUUGCCCUUUCACUUAUCAAUUCCUCAGUCAGCACCACCAACACAAGCCGCUCAGCAUGGCGUCCAUGCUCGAGGCCCUCCAUCCUUACCCCCAGGACCGACUCCAUCUGCGUCUUCACCGCGCACGAUCAGUCGUGCUGACGAGUCAAGAGCUGGUGGAAAUCCGCGCUGCCCAACGAACCUUUGAGGGUGCCUAUAUGCGCACGGCUCUAUCACAGUUCUCCUUUGCGCUAGUCAUCCUCAAGAUUUUCACCUCGGAGUUCUACCCCAUAGGAGCCUUAUUCGCUUGUUAUGGUACGGCUAUCAUGCUAGUCGCCAUCUACCGGCGGUACGAAGGCAACCGUCAGUUCUUUGAUUCGGUCGAGAGCGAAGACGAAAGUAGUAGCGGCGAAGAAAACGAUCCAGCAACCCCAACAGGCCUUACCGUACGGGGGCGAAGAAGGACCCUCGUUGUCAAGAAGAAAUUCCGGACCAGCGGUAACAGCGUGGCGUUGCUCGUUUUGUUGAGCUUCAUGUGCUACGUUGCGUUGAUGGUGUUGUUGUGGAAGCUCACAGGUUGAUUGCUUCGACUUCACUUCUUAAAAUUGACAGCUAUUAUCAAGACGAGACCUCUUCCUGACCGACAACCCAAAUUGGAAUCCUUGGGGGCUGCUCGUUGUUACUGGGGAAGUUUGGUGGACCGUCAAGGUGACAAAGGCUGUUAACCUAUGAGGCCAUGACAUGGUUCAGGGUCCAUUGAUCGAGGAUGAAGUACGUUUGAAAGGUUACAUACAAACAGCCGUGCGCUCGGCUCGAAGCGCCCUCGACUACCACGACAGACCGGAAGGUUGGCUUGCCGGCAUGAACUGCUGCUGCUUUUGGAGUGCCUGCACUGCUACAUUCCGACUUGUCCACUCGUUCCCUUCAGCGAAACAAACUGGCCCCUCUUGUUGGAUACAACGAAACGACAAUGUACCUGUACCGGUUUUAUAUUCGAUUUACGGCACGUGCUGCGCGAGUCUUUUUCUUAGCCUUGAUACUUCCACCAAUAACCAGCUUACAUUUAUAAUAUCAGUCCCAGAUUUGGAUCUGGAAAGGUACGAGAAGUUUCGGUUUCAGGGCAGCAAGAAUAAGGGCGGGACGGCAGGCACACGAACAGGUGGAUUGGCAUGAAGAGGGAACAAACACGGCACAGAUCAUACAAGACAAGAAAGACGCUGGAUACUCCCGUGCGAGACGGCAGAACCACACGCCCAGCCCGCGUCGCGCGCCGUUACACGGACGGGAAUGACGGCGGCAGGCGGAAAAGUGGGUUUUGCGGGGGAAGCAAAGCGGCCGGGGGGCGCACCAAGUUGUGGGGUCCACGGCAGGGCGAACGGACGCGAAAAAAUUCGCGGGGUCUGGGGAAUCCUAGCGGGGGGCGGAGUUGUAAGUGUGGGGGAGGGUGUAGUUUUUGGCGAUGUCACAGAUGACUCUGCGAUAGCACGCUGGUAUACUAGCUGCAAUAGAACACCGGUGUGAUAUGACUGUAACCGUCACUGAAUAUGGGAGUACACCCCGUAGCAUUGGAAUGGAGGAACAGACAGGCAUAUCCCUACAAGGCUACGACAUUACCGGACGUAUUGUUGAAGUUAUCUACCAACCUAUCACUGACACCUUUCGCACUCGAUAGUACAUUACUGGCACCACUAUAUAUGUAUACAUUCCAAUUUUCACCUUUUC